GGAGGGCCCGGAGGGGGUGUCCAGCUAUUUUGGAACACCAAGAAGCUGCUGCCCUGGUGCUGUGUCCAACUGAUCAACGCCUACGCACGCAUCAAUGUCCACCGACAAGACGCUACGAACGCUAUACUAUAUAGUACUGCGACGAUGAUGCCCCGCCUUUCCCACCUCCUCUGCGCGCUCACAGCAGCACUCCCUCUUUCCGGCGCGUCCCCGGCUCCCCGCGAUGUCCUGGCCGACUACAAGGCCGCGGCGCACACGAUGCAGACGCGGUUCUUCGACUUCGAGACGGGCAGCUGGCCCAAGGCGAUAGACUGGACGUCGGCGGUGUUGGGGACGCAUCUGGCGGCGGCCAGUGCUACACUCACCACUACCGAUCCCGCGCUCGCCGAUAGCUACCUUAGCGAGCUACUGGCGUUCUACUACGGCCAGGCCAGCGAGAGCCUGAAGUUGCAGGCCUACGAUGAUAUCCUGUGGGUGGUGCUGAACUGGCUCGAGGCCGUGCAAACGAUUGACCACCGAGUUGCCGUGUUGCCCAAAGGCUCGUGGACGGGAGCGGAAUGGCGAAGGACCUUUGCAGCUCGAUCGUACGAUUUCUACCAGAUUGCGCACAAUGGCUGGGACAACGAUUUAUGCGAUGGGGGGAUGAUCUGGUCUCCGUGGCUAGAACCUUACAAGAAUGCAAUUACGAACGAGCUGUAUAUAUCCGCGUCCAUCGGCAUGUUCCUGCAUCACCCGUACCCGGCGCGGAAUGAAACGUACCUUUGGAAUGCGAUCCGCGCGCACGAGUGGCUGACGAGCUCGAACAUGACGGAUGCGGGCGGGCUGUAUACCGACGGCUUCCACGUGUCGAACCUCCGGGCCGGCGGGAAGCAGUGCGACAAGCGCGACGAGAUGGUGUACACCUACAACCAGGGCGUGUUGCUCAGUGCGCUCAGGGGGCUAGCCGAGGCGACAAACGACGAGAAAUACAUCGUCGAGGGGCUGCAGCUGAUCGAUGCCGUGCUGAAAUCAGAGGGCUCCGUCGGCGAACUCGUCUUCGACGGGAUCCUGACGGAAAAAUGCGAUCCGGGCGGGUACUGCUCGCAGAACGGCCAAACCUUCAAGGGCAUCUUCAUGCACCACCUAACGACCUUCUGCAAGCCGCUCACGCACGCCUCGCGCCUCGCGCCCGCCACAAAACGUAGCCACCGCCUCUCCUGCGCGCGGUACCAAACGUUCAUCCGGCGCGCCGCCCACACCGCGCUGAUAACGCGCAACGAGCACGGAGUAAUGGGCAGCUGGUGGGGGAUCCCGGCGGGGCUCCUCACCUCGACACACUCCACACACGACACCCGGCCGCCCGGCACCAGCGACUUCGAGAACAUGUGCGUCUCCUCUUUGCAGGCACACGCGUGCGAAGCCGCGCAGCGCCCCUCCGGCACCCGCUGGGGAGAUCUGAAUGAUCGCGGCCGAGGCCGCACUGUGGAAAGCCACUCCGGCGGACUGGCCGCAUUGAGAGCUCUCCUCGUGCUGAAUGCGCAGACAAAUGUAAAGACUAGGAGUAUGCGCGCUGCGGAGAUGUGGCGCGAUAUUGGGAAGAGCAGGUGGGCGGCUGCUCUAGAGGUGAUGGUCGUAGCGGCGGCAGCGCUGUGGAUGGUGACUAUCGUUUGUUGGUCUGCGAAGGCGGGGGAGAAGGCGGGGGAGAAGGGGAUGGGCAAGGGCAAGGGCAAGGGCAAGGAGAAGGAGCAACAGGUGGAAGUGGAAGAGGUGGAUGAGGUGGGGAAAGGCGCUUAUGGAACUUUCUAGGGAUGGCCCAGGGGAGGUGAUUAUGAUGCUACGAAUUCUUAUGUACUUGCCUACCUUUCCGAUUUGAUUUGUUGGCGCGCGGGAGUUGUCUGUCUGUUGGAAUUUGGAAGUUGCGGCUUAUAUCGUAAUUUUCUUGAGCUUGAGCGGCUGGCGGGGGGCGCGAUGGUAACGAUGUGUGCAUACCGGUGCUCUGCUUAGAGGCUUCUACUAGCAGUUGCUAGAUGGCUUAGUUAUACGCAUGUGAGGCUAUAUACGUAGAGGAGUGAAUUGAUUGGAGUGUUUGUUGGAACUUGGAAGUUGGGAGUUGGGAGCU